UAAACAAGUAGACAAGCACGUUGGAGGUGGUUGAUGUGUAAUUUGUAUUUUUAAUUGUAUUUAUUAUUUUUAACGAAAAUGUCUCAGCGAGAUUCUUGUGUAAUAAACAAAGUGCUGAAAGGAAAUAGUCUGCUUACUCCGAAUAUAAUUAGCUUUGAUUAUGGCGCCCUGACAAAGCAAGAUGUUCCCAGUAUUCAGUGUGAAAUGUAUGUCGACAAAGAAAAUAUGACCGACAAGACACUUGCUUUAUCGAAGCAGAGCAAACGUUACAUGGGAAAGCCCGAAAACAUUCAAAACGCUCUGUGCCAGACUAUUCUUCUUAUAAGGAAUAAGAAGACGAACGAGGCCAGGGUUAUACCCUUCGAAUCGUGCACUCUUUUAAACAUAAAUCCAAAAAAGAGAAAAUUGAUGGCGGAAUCUUUCAACAUACAAUUGAACUACAAAGAUGGCAUAAAUACUCUUUCGAAAGCGUUUGGUUCAAAAAAAUCUAAACGUAUAACAGAAAUGCAACAAAGAAUGGAUCGUACCAACCAAAUGAUAGAAGCUGACAUGACCCAGGAAAUGGGAGAUAUUACAUUUGAUGAAAUUGACAAUACUGCAAAAGGCGCUGAACAGGCGAUUCUUAAUUUACUACCUCCUUGUAAUAGAAAUGCAUCUAAUUUGUGUGAUGUGUAUCCUGUUGAGAAAUUGCUUUCCGCAGAAGAACAGGAAACUUUAAAAUCGGCAGCACAACAUUUGAUGAACAAUCCUCCUGCGGAAUCUGAUCAGAUAACUAACUACUUUUUAUAUUCUCAAUAUCAACUUCUUGGACCUAAUCCUUCGAUUUCAAGCCUUAACUUACUUGUUUAUGGUAAUGCGAUUGUUAAAUUCCUUAAUAUGUCUGCGGCUGAAGUGAAAUUGAAGAAUUGUGCAAAUAAGAUUUGCCCAUUUUCAAAUAUUAUAGCAAAUAAAAUUUUAAAUGAAUUCACUAUUCAGUCUGAGCAGGGAAGAUCGAGGCCUUUGGAAUUAAAAGAUAAAGCUCUCAGCCAUGUGUUAGUAAUAAUGCUCUUAUUAAAUAAUUACACAGUCAAAUUAGACUUGUUAACAUCCUCUGUUAAAGGAUUUGGAAUCACCAAACUUCAAUGGUUUGUCAAGUUACUAGGUUUAUCUUCAUUGGGCGGGUCAAGCAAGCAAUAUGUAUUAAAAUUACCAUUGCCACCAUUGCCUGUUGUUAAGAAAGCACGAAAGAUCAGUAAGAAAUGAUAUUCGAAAUAUUUGUCAUUAUAUAAAAAAAUAAACAUUUUAUUUUAA